CGCGUGGAAAUGUACAGAGAAGCGCGUUUACUCUACAAACACUGCUACUCUACUCUCUCCUUCUGUUUCUUUAAUGGUCGGUGAAGAACCGUGAUUUGCUCCAAAUCUAGACAAAAAACAUAACACAAAAGUCUCUCUCUCAAUUUAUCAAUCUCCAUCCUCCCGUUAUUACCGCCACGUGUUUCUCCCCAUCUGUCUCGAAUUACCUCACAUCAAUCGAAACAGAGAGAGACCCUUUUUCGAUAUCCACCAUCGCUAUGGUGGGUCAGUUCUAAUUUCUCUCUCCUCUCGGCGCUCAAGUUGCGAAUCUGAACAAUGUUAUUGACGCCGAAGAUGAUGAUUAGCUCCUGGCUCGGCAAAGAUGCGAAGAAGAUUCUCAAACGCAAAGACAGUGACGCUGGUGAAAAAGGGAAAGCACUGGAGGACUUGCGAGCUUCGUUGUUCAACAGAUUCCGUUCGCCGGAGACUCCAAAGAGACAGCAGCAGCAGCAGACACACCGUGUCUGUGGCCCAACCGUUGCUCUCACUUUCAACUUCUUCGUUGCUAUUAGCAUUAUCUUCAUGAACAAAUGGGUAACUCUCACUUUCUUAAACUCUCUUCUAUUCAUCAAAACUAAUCAAGAAGUUGUUUUUUUUUUAAUUCGGCAGGUGCUUAAAAACAUAGGCUUUGAGUUCCCAGUGUUCCUCACGUUCAUCCACUACGUUGUAGCUUUUAUACUAAUGGCUCUUCUCAAAUCAUUCUCCCUUCUCCCCGCUCCACCUCCUUCCUCCAAGUCAUCCUCUCUUUCCCUCUACACUCUUGGCAUUGUUAUGUCGCUCUCUACUGGUCUGGCUAAUGUUAGCCUCAAGUACAACAGUGUUGGAUUCUACCAGAUGGCGAAAAUCGCGGUCACGCCUUCUAUAGUCUUUGCAGAGUUCUUGUGGUAUAGAAAGAGAGUUUCUUUCAUGAAGGUGGUUGCACUUACAGUUGUAUCAGUGGGAGUUGCGGUUGCGACUGUAACAGAUUUACAGUUUAGUCUGUUUGGUGCUUGUGUGGCUUUAGCGUGGAUCAUACCCAGCGCUACCAACAAAAUCUUAUGGUCUAAUAUGCAACAACGAGAGAACUGGACCGCAUUAGCGUUGAUGUGGAAGACAACACCAAUCACCCUCUUGUUUCUAGUGUCAAUGAUACCGUUCUUGGAUCCACCGGGCGCUCUGUCCUUCGACUGGAGCCUUGCCAACACAUUCGCCAUUUUCGUUUCAGCGUUUCUUGGUUUCUUUCUUCAGUGGUCAGGAGCCUUAGCUCUCGGAGCAACUUCUGCGAUCACGCACGUUGUCUUGGGACAGUUCAAGACAUGUGUCCUCCUCCUUGGGAAUUUCUACAUCUUCGGGUCGAAUAGUGGUGUGGUUAGCGUUUGCGGUGCGAUUGUGGCGAUUAUUGGGACGUCUUUGUAUACUUACCUUAACACGAGAGGUCAAUCUCUUAAGGCUUCGUCUUCUUCUUCUUCUCUUUUGGACAAGAAGUCAAGAUUCAGUGAGCUUAAGGAUGAUGAGAAGAAUCUUCUUGAACCUUACGGCUCUGACGCGGUUUAGCCUAGUCUCUUAACGUUUCUUUUCUAGUAUAGUUUUAAUUGAUUUUUUUUUCCACGUUCACUACUUAUUAGAUUCGUAUUUUCAACUUUUUGGUCUCUUUUUUUCUGUGUUGAUUCUAACUUCUAAUUUUAUCCCUGAAAGUAAACCAUUUUGGUAGCAAGUGUUUUCAAUUAAA